CACCACAAUGAGAUCCUAAGAUGGCGGUGGCUGCGGCGGUUGGCGCCGAGUAGCUAAGGUAGAGAAGGCGGCCAUUGGGCCCUAGGCAGCCAGGGACCUUGUGGGCGCUCCCAGCUGCAGUCUCUAAGGGAGGACCGCUGCCAGUGGCGGAUCGUAGGGCCUGACCGCUACUCCACCCUUGGCAGGAGAGGCUGCUUCGUUUACAGGCAACAACUUUGAAGUGUGAAGCAGGAAAGGAGCUGUUUCUGAGCUGUAAAACUAGUUUUUAAACAGAAAAUUAAUUGGUAAAACCAAGAUGGCCACAGGAGGAGGUCCUUUUGAAGAAGGCGUGAAUGAUCAGGAUUUACCAAACUGGAGCAAUGAGGGUGUUGAUGACCGACUCAACAAUAUGGAUUGGGGUGGCCAACAGAAGAAAGCAAAUAAAUCAUCAGAAAAGAAUAAGAAAAAGCUUGGUGUUGAAAGUGAUAAAAGGGUAACUAAUGAUAUUUCUCCGGAGUCAUCACCAGGAGUUGGAAGGCGAAGAACAAAGACUCCACAUUCGUUUCCACAUAGUAGAUACGUGACUCAGAUGUCUGUUCCAGAGCAGGCAGAAUUAGAGAAACUUAAACAGCGGAUAAACUUCAGUGAUUUAGAUCAGAGAAGCAUUGGAAGUGAUUCUCAAGGUAGAGCAACAGCUGCUAACAACAAACGUCAGCUUAGUGAAAACCGAAAGCCCUUCAACUUUUUGCCUAUGCAGAUUAAUACUAACAAGAGCAAAGAUGCUGCUAUAAGUCCUCCAAAGAGAGAAAUGGUUGGUUCAGCACAAUGUAAAGAGUUGUUCGCCUCUGCUUUAAGUAAUGACCUUUUGCAAAACUGUCAAGUCUCUGAAGAAGAUGGAAGAGGAGAGCCUGCUAUGGAAAGCAGCCAGAUUGUAAGCAGGCUUGUUCAGAUUCGUGAUUAUAUUACUAAAGCUAGUUCCAUGCGGGAAGAUCUUGUAGAGAAAAAUGAAAGAUCUGCUAAUGUUGAGCGCCUUACUCAUCUAAUAGAUCACCUUAAAGAGCAAGAAAAGUCAUAUAUGAAAUUUCUCCAAAAAAUCCUUGCUAGAGAAAAUGAGGAGGAGGAUGUUCGGACUAUAGAUUCAGCUGUGGGAUCUGGUUCUGUAGCUGAGAGCACAUCGCUAAACAUAGAUGUGCAGUCUGAGGCUUCAGAUACCACGGCCAGAGAUCCUCCGCAGGAGCCUAUGGAAGAGAUCGAAAAUUUGAAGAAACAGCAUGACUUAUUAAAAAGGAUGUUACAACAGCAGGAGCAGCUGAGAGCUCUGCAGGGACGGCAGGCUGCGCUUCUUGCUCUGCAGCACAAAGCAGAGCAAGCGAUUGCUGUGAUGGAUGAUUCUGAAAAGGUUGCAGGGACAACUUCUGGCCAACAUUCUGUACCGGGCAGACAGCCAGCUCGCUCUCCUUUUCAUCAGAGAGUACCCUUAAGAGUUGUAACAGAAACUACAGGUAGCCUAUCUGGAGUUAGUAUCACCUCUGAAUUAAAUGAAGAGUUGAAUGAUUUAAUUCAGCGUUUUCAUAAUCAGCUUCGUGAUUCUCAGCCUCCAACUGUUCCAGACAAUAGAAGACAAGCAGAAAGUCUAUCAUUAACUAGGGAGGUUUCUCAGAGCCGGAAUCCUUCAGUUUCAGAACACUUACCUGAUGAGAAAGUACAGCUUUUUAGCAAAAUGAGAGUAUUACAGGAAAAGAAACAAAAAAUGGACAAACUGCUUGGAGAACUUCAUACACUUCGAGAUCAACAUCUGAACAAUUCAUCGUUUGUGCCUUCUGCAUCCUCUCCACAAAGAACUGUGGAUCAGAGAAGUACACCUUCAGCUCCCUCUGCGCCUUUAGGCUUAGCACCAGUUGUCAAUGGAGAAUCCAAUAGCUUCCCGUCAUCUGUUCCUUAUCCUGCUGCUUCUCUAGUUUCUCAGAAUGAGAGUGAAAAUGAAGGACAUCUGAAUCCAACUGAAAAACUCCAGAAGUUAAAUGAAGUUCGAAAGAGAUUGAAUGAACUAAGAGAAUUAGUCCAUUAUUAUGAACAAACAUCAGAUAUGAUGACAGAUGCUGUUAAUGAAAACACAAAAGAUGAAGAAACUGAAGAGUCCGAUUAUGAUUCUGAGCAUGAAAACUCUGAACCUGUUACUAACAUUAGAAAUCCACAAGUAGCUGCAACUUGGAAUGAAGUAAAUAGUAAUUCUAAUGCACAGUGUGUUUCUAAUAAUAGAGAGGGGAGAUCAGUUAAUUCUAAUUGUGAAAUUAACAACAGAUCUGCUGCCAACAUAAGGGCUCUGAAUAUGCCUCCAUCUUUAGCAGACUGUCACUAUAAUAGAGAAGGAGAACAGGGGAUUCAUGGUGCACAAGGUGAGGAUGAUGAGGAAGAGGAUGAAGCAGAAGAUGAGGGAGUCAGUGGGGCUUCAUUAACUAGUCACAGGAGCAGUCUGGUUGAUGAAGCUCCAGAAGAUGCUGAAUUUGAACAGAAGAUCAAUAGACUUAUGGCUGCAAAACAGAAACUGAGACAAUUACAAGAUCUUGUUGCUAUGGUACAGGAUGAUGAUGCAGCAGAUCAUGGAGUUAUCUCUACCAAUACUUCAAAUUUGGAUGAUUUCUACCCAGCAGAAGAAGACAAUAAACAAAAUGCAAAUAACACUAGAGGAAAUGCCAAUAAAACACAGAAAGAUGCCGGAAUAAAUGAGAAGGCACGAGAGAAAUUUUAUGAGGCUAAACUACAGCAGCAACAGAGAGAACUCCGACAAUUGCAGGAAGAAAGAAAGAAACUGAUUGAGAUUCAAGAGAAAAUUCAAGCAUUGCAGAAGGCAUGUCCUGACUUACAGCUGUCAGCCACUAGUGCGGGUAAUUGUCCCACAAAAAAAUAUAUCCCAGCUGUUACUUCAACCCCAGCUGUUAACGGAAAUGAAACUAGUACAAGCAAAUCCGGUUUUGAGCCUGAAGAUUCUUCAGUAGUAGAUAACGAGCUGUGGUCAGAAAUGCGAAGACAUGAGAUGUUAAGGGAAGAGCUACGACAGAGGCGAAAGCAGCUUGAAGCGCUCAUGGCGGAACAUCAGAGGAGGCAAGGUCUAGCCGAAACUACAUCUCCUAUGGCUGUGUCAUUGAGAAGUGAUGGAUCUGAGAACCUGUGUACACCUCAGCAGAGUAGAACAGAAAAAACAAUGGCAACUUGGGGCGGUUCUACUCAGUGUGCACUGGAUGAAGAAGGAGAUGAAGAUGGUUAUCUUUCUGAAGGAGUUGUUCGGACGGAUGAAGAGGAGGAAGAAGAAGAGCAAGAUGCCAGUUCCAAUGAUAACUUUUCUGUGUAUCCUCCUAACAGUGCGAAUCAUAACUCUUACAACGUAAAAGAAACUAAGAAUAGGUGGAAGAACAAUCGCCCUUUUUCAGCAGAUGGAAAUUAUCGUCCUUUAGCUAAGACAAGACAGCAGAAUAUCAGCAUGCAGCGUCAGGAAAACCUUCGUUGGGUGUCAGAGCUCUCUUAUGUAGAGGAGAAAGAACAAUGGCAAGAACAAAUUAAUCAGCUAAAGAAACAGCUUGAUUUCAGUGUCAAUAUUUGUCAGACUUUGAUGCAGGACCAGCAGACGCUGUCUUGUCUGCUACAAACUCUUCUCACGGGUCCUUACAGUGUGAUGCCAAGCAAUGUUGCCUCCCCCCAGGUACACCUUAUCAUGCACCAGUUGAACCAGUGCUAUACUCAGCUAACAUGGCAACAGAAUAAUGUGCAAAGGUUGAAACAAAUGCUGAAUGAACUUAUGCGCCAACAAAAUCAGCACCCAGAAAAACCUGGAAGCAAGGAAAGAGGCAGCAGUGCAUCACACCCUUCUUCUCCCAGUUUAUUUUGUCCUUUCAGCUUUCCACCACAGCCUGUAAAUCUGUUUAACCUACCCGGAUUUACUAAUAUUUCAUCAUUUACACCAGGCAUGAAUUUCAGCCCUUUAUUUCCUUCUAAUUUUGGAGAUUUUUCUCAGAAUAUUUCUACACCCACUGAACAGCAGCAACCAUUAGCCCAGAAUUCUUCAGGAAAAACAGAAUAUAUGGCUUUUCCAAAACCUUUUGAAAGCAGUUCUUCUGUUGGAGCAGAAAAACAAAGGAAUCAAAAACAGCCUGAAGAGGAGGUGGAAAACAGUAGGACACCAUGGUUAUAUGACCAAGAAGGUGAUGUAGAAAAACCAUUUAUCAAGACUGGAUUUCCAGUGUCUGUAGAGAAAACUACAAAUAGUAAUCGCAAAAAUCAAUUAGAUACCAGCCGGAGAAGACGCCAGUUUGAUGAAGAGUCAUUAGAAAGCUUUAGCAGUAUGCCUGAUCCAGUGGAUCCAACAACAGUAACCAAAACAUUCAAGACAAGGAAAGCAUCUGCACAGGCCAGCCUGGCAUCUAAAGAUAAAACUCCUAAAUCAAAGAGUAAGAAAAGGCAUUCUACUCAGCUGAAAAGCAGAGUUAAAAAUAUUGGGUAUGAAAGUGCCAGUAUGUCUAGCACAUGUGAACCUUGCAAAAGUAGGAACAGACAUUCAGCCCAGACUGAAGAGCCUGUUCAAGCAAAAGUAUUCAGCAGAAAGAAUCAUGAGCAGCUGGAAAAAAUAAUAAAAUGUAGUAGGUCUACAGAAAUAUCUUCAGCACAUGCUAGGAGAAAACUACAGCAGUCUAACAGAAAUGCAUGCAAUGAAGCGCCAGAAACUGGGAGUGAUUUUUCCAUGUUCGAAGCUUUGCGGGAUACGAUUUAUUCUGAAGUGGCUACAUUAAUUUCUCAGAAUGAAUCUCGUCCACAUUUUCUAAUUGAACUCUUCCAUGAACUUCAGCUACUUAAUACAGACUACUUGAGACAAAGGGCUUUAUAUGCAUUGCAGGACAUAGUAUCCAGACAUAUUUCUGAGAACCAUGAAAAAGAAGGAGAAAAUGUAAAAUCAGUGAAUUCUGGUACUUGGAUAGCAUCAAACUCAGAACUUACCCCCAGUGAAAGCCUUGCUACCACUGAUGAUGAAACUUUUGAGAAGAACUUUGAGAGAGAAACACACAAAAUAAGUGAGCAAAAUGAUGCUGAUAAUGCUAGUGUCAUGUCUGUAUCUUCAAAUUUUGAGCCUUUUGCAACAGAUGAUCUAGGUAACACUGUGAUUCACUUAGAUCAGGCAUUAGCCAGAAUGAGGGAAUAUGAGCGUAUGAAGAUCGAGGCCGAAAGCAGCACAAACGCGAGAUGCACCUGCAGGAUUCUUGAGGACGAGGAUGGUGCUGCUGCCACAGGUGCGCGUACCAACUCGGAAGAAACUCCUCUUGAAAAUCAUGGUCCACAACCACCUGUAAGUGAAGUUUCUACUGUCCCAUGCCCUAGAAUUGAUACUCAGCAGCUGGACCGGCAAAUUAAAGCCAUUAUGAAAGAAGUCAUUCCUUUCUUGAAGGAUUUUUCUCAGGAGCACAUGGAUGAAGUAUGCUCUUCUCAACUUCUAACUUCAGUAAGACGUAUGGUUUUGACUCUCACCCAGCAAAAUGAUGAGAGCAAAGAAUUUGUAAAGUUCUUUCAUAAACAACUGGGAAGUAUAUUACAGGAUUCACUGGCAAAAUUUGCCGGCAGAAAACUGAAAGACUGUGGAGAAGAUCUUCUUGUAGAGAUAUCUGAAGUGUUGUUUAAUGAAUUGGCUUUCUUUAAGCUGAUGCAGGAUUUGGAUAAUAAUAGUAUAACUGUUAAACAGAGGUGCAAAAGGAAAAUAGAAGCAGCUGGAGUGAUACAGUCUUAUGCCAAAGAGGCCAAAAGGAUUCUUGAAGGAGAUCAUGGCUCACCUGCUGGAGAAAUUGAUGAUGAAGACAAAGACAAGGAUGAAACUGAAACAGUUAAGCAGACUCAGACAUCUGAGAUGUAUGGUGGUGAUGGUCCCAAAAAUGUGAGAUCGGAUGUUUCUGAUCAAGAGGAAGAUGAAGAAAGUGAAGAAUGUCCGGUGUCCAUUAACUUGUCCAAGGCUGAAACUCAGGCUUUGACUAAUUAUGGAAGUGGAGAAGAUGAGAAUGAGGAUGAAGAAAUAGAAGAAUUUGAAGAGGGGCCUGUGGAUGUCCAGACUUCACUUCAGGCUAACACCGAAGCUACAGAAGAAAUGGAACACGAUGAUCAGGUACUACAACAUGACUUUGAAAAAUCAGGAGAAAGCAAAAAUGUCCCAUCAGAACAAGAACCCACUACUAGUAAAGAUGACCAUGAUAGCACUCCUGUGAAACCCUGUUACCUCAAUAUCUUGGAAAACGAGCAACCUUUAAAUAGCGCUGUUCAACAGGACACUCUCACUACCAUUGAUUCAUCUAAACAGCCUAAUCCUUUGCCUUUACCUUUAACCGAAAUCGAAACCUUGGUGCCUACAGUCAAAGAAGUUAAAUCUGCUCAGGAAACUCCUGAGAGCUCUCUGGCUGGAAGUCCUGAUACUGAAUCUCCGGUGUUAGUGAAUGACUAUGAAGCAGAAUCUGGUAACAUAAGUCAAAAAUCUGAUGAAGAAGACUUUGUGAAAGUUGAAGAUUUACCACUUAAACUGACAAUAUAUUCAGAGGCAGAUCUAAGGAAGAAAAUGGUAGAAGAAGAACAGAAAAACCAUUUAUCUGGUGAAAUACUUUGUGAAAUGCAGACUGAAGAAUUAGCUGGGAAUUCUCAGACACUAAAGGAACCUGAAACAGUGGGAGCCCAAAGCGUAUGAGAUGUCUUCUGAGACUCAUCUAACUCGCUUUACGUUAGUCAAUGCAUAUAUGAACGUGGCACUAAAUAAACAUCUGUUUUGAUCUGUAUAAAAAUGUAAAUUAGUUUGACACUGCAUUCUUGAUAGGUGUGCUAAUUUCUGCCCGUGGCAGUUUAAAACAUCAGAAACUGAAUUCUGGACAGAUUGAAGCCUUGAUACGCUGUGGGGUUGUUUGUUUUUCUUCUUUCUUUCCUUUUUUUGGUCUUCAUUUUGGUUUUCUUUUUCCUUUCUUGUGAUGUUUGGCAUCGUUAAAUUUAAGAUAUAGUUUUAAAUAAAGUUUGGACUUACCUGUAAAGUACCUUUUCUUGAAAUUAUGUUGAAUUCUAUACAGUAAGUCACUGUUCUAUAGGAGUAGGAUAUUUAGAGGAGAGCAAGAAUUUGAGAAAAACAGAAUUUUAGCCAGCUGUUAGGUCAGGCUUCCAAGUAAUGUCAGUAUUACUGCUUUUCAGUCUAGAUACCUGCAUGUCUUAUUCCUGUGCAGGAUUAGGGAAAGUUAUAAAGGUAUUCAGGUUAUUUGUGAAGUUAUUAUAAAAUGUAAGUAUUAAUUAUCAGAUAAAUAUUUUCCAGAAUUCAGUUCCUAUCUGUGUUGCCAUGGUCUUUAAAAAAAAAAAAAGUGUUAUGUAAGUAGGAAGUUUUUCUUCACAAACAGGUAACACUGUGAUUAAUUUUACAUGAAAAACCAAACCCUUUCAAGUAGGGAUUGUAAAACUGAAUUUUAUGUACCAGAACAUUAAGGCUCUGUAUGCCUUCAGACGAACUUGCGUUUUGAGAUAGCAUUUGAUUCUGUGUGUGGUGAGAGAAGCAGAUUCGUAGAUGAAGUAUUAAGGAGGGAACAUCUAUGGGAUGUCUUCACUACCAAGCUGAUCAGUUUUUCAAAGGUGAAUUACCUUUAGAUCGCAAACUUGCCAUAUACCUAAGUAAGGCUUCACAGAGCCAGUUAAUGGUGAAGUCAGUCUAUUAGUCUUAGAGGUUGUUUUUGUUUUUGUUUUUGUUUGAAUAAAAUAUACAGAAUUAGUUUCAGUUAGUGGUAUAUGAAACUUAUUAACAAUUUACUGAAAUACCCCAUUAGAAAAGAAGUUGGUUAGUAUCCUUUAAAAGUCUUAGUUGCAUUAUACUUCAGUGUAAAAUUAUAAUGCCUCUUCAGGGAGUGUUAAAUGAAGACUUCCCUAUGAGGACACUCACUGUAUUGCUAAUUAAUUGCAUUAAUUAAAAAACCCAUUCAGAGGACUAUCAUUCAGAAUCAGGAAUUCUUACCCAGUUGGCCUGACUCCCAGGAAACUAAAACAAUAAAUUAGAUUAUAUGUAUAUUUAAGUUCUAUACCUGUAUAUUUUCUAGACUCUGAAAAGAAAGAGGAGAAUUUCAUGUGUUGGCACUCAAGCCGAGCCUUACAUAUAUUACGGCCAUGUGUCUCUACAUGCAGAUUAAAGUUCAGUCCAGUGAAGACCUGUACUUCUGAGUUCUUUUCCCAGCACCUAUGAACCUUAUUUCACUAACUUGUGUUAGAGCUGCUGUCACCUACUAUUGUUUUCUGUUUUAGAAGAUAAUUCCACUUUAAAAUACCUGGGGCUGAAGAUUAGAUAAUUUGCUUUAUUCUUUCCUUAAUAAAUACUGCUCAAAGGUUAAGCAUUAAAUAUUCAUGUUCAUUAAUUUUUAAGGUGAAAUUCGGGUUAUAGAUUAAAGAGGGAGAAAAGGUGAAAGUGAGUGAGAAAGAACCUGUGCAGGUUGAGAGAAUGCUUACAAUAGUGAGCUUACCAGACUGGGCAGAUAAUCUUUGUAUUUUGUGACAUUAACUCUGGGUACAUGCGUUUUCACUGUGAAUAAAUAUCUAUCCUCCAUCCAAA